AUGCUUGUACAGAAAAUGAUGACAAAGAAGGCUGCUUGUCAGGUAAAUCCCAAGAAAAUUGUGACAACACGAAAUUUGGACUUAGCUAUCCAAGAAUUAAUGGAUUUGAUUAUUAAUGAUUUUGUUAUCAGCUGGUACAAAGAUUUUGGCAAAGAUAACCAGUUGAUUGCUUCACUCAUAAAAGCUGAUAUUUGGUUCAUGGUAGAUACUUUUACGACAUGUUUCUCUAAGGUGGACAUGGUGAAAUUUAUUACACAGGACCUUGUCAAUAUAUUGCACAAUCAUUUCAAAGAAAUUCGAAUGGCUUCUAAGAAAUCCAAAGAAGCAACUUCUCUUUAUAAAUAUACCGUUUAUCCUUGGUUAGAGAGUGAUGAAAAAGAAGUUGAAUUCUUGCGACUCUUAACUGAAGCAGUUAUGUCUAUCAUUCUCCCAAAAAGUCAUGCCCAAUGUGACAUUGUUCGUCAUUUGCUGAGAGAAGUCGUUACCGUAUCUGUUUUUAAACCUUCUAUUGACAUGCUGUGUGAUCCUGAAUACCUGAAUGAUAAAUUACUGGCAUACCUGGAUUAUCGAGCCAAAUUAUGUGAAGACACUAGGAAAUCUUACACAUAUGCUGCUACAUAUGAGGAUUUUGUGAAAAUGAUACAGACCUGUGAUGAUACUGAAUACCUCAAACAUAUCAGGUACAACAUAAUCACGGAAAUUAUGCAAGCCACAACAAUCAAUAACUGGAAGAAAUCUCAAGGCAUCAGUACAGAUAAAGCUAGUGCACCGAAAAGUAUGUCCAAAGGAGACUUGUUAAAGGCUAGAAAUUUGAAGACCUACAUAAAUCAGCUGACUGUUGCCAAGUCCACUUGUGAGAAACGGAUCCAUGCACUUGGAGGGCCUGAUUAUAAAUAUUAUUCAGAAGAACAAGCAAAAGAAGAAACUAAGUCUUCGCAUCCAGGACAGAAGGUAUUAUCUUUCAAAGCCAUUAUGGAUGUGCCAGCUGCUAAACUAUUCUUUUUGAAGUUUUUGAAACGAAAUAAUAACCAUUCAUUGCUUGAGUUUUGGAAUUGUGUGGAAGAUCUAAAACAAGUGAGCAAAAGCCAGCACCAUGAAAAAGCCCAUGAAAUCUUCGAGCAGUAUAUCAAUGGUACCAGUAGUGCUGUGCAUGUAGAACGUUCUACACUUAAAGGAAUGGAGUCCUUUAUGCUGGGUGAUGCAGGACCAGAUGCUUUUUAUGAAGCUCAAAACCAUGUCUAUCUUAUAUUAGAAGAACAACAUUAUCCAACUUUUAUUGUAAGUGACAUUUACCAUGAUUACAUCCUGGCACUUGAAAGUGAGCCACUGAAAAAGUCACCUUCUGUAGAAGAAGACUUUUUGGAAGGUAAAGAAACACUGGGAGCCUUUGAAGUUGUAGAGGAUGUUUUGUUUGCUGAUCAGUCAUAUUCAAUACAGAAAAGACUGGAAAAGUUAGAUGAAAAGAUUCUGAAUAAAACACAGGCAUUGACUACUCUAAAAAAUUCCACCAAAAUCGAUGUCAAGCACCCCUGGUUAAAAAGGAAUACAAGAAGAACAAGUUACCCCAGUGAAUUCAAGAGAAAAACUAUUGCUUUGAAAAAGGUGCAAGAAGAUCUUGAGAAAGAAGUAGAGAAUCUUCAAAUGGAAAGAAGACAACUUGGAGCUUAUGUGGAAAGAACUGAACUUUGGUGGGAAAAUCAAGGAAAAUGGAAAGCUCAUGUCUCUAAUGCAGAGAUUGUCUCUGAUGGUGACAAGGUGACACCCUAUUUUGUGAUUGUAGUACAUGUUGCUGCAGUAAAAAACCCUGAAUCUCUUGGCUGUACACAAGGUUGGGUCAUUUCUCGUACAUUGACUGACUUUGCUGCUUUGCAUGAGAAACUCAUUCAAAUUGGUCCAUGGUUGAAAAAAAAAGAAUUACCAAAUACCACCUUAAUGUGGUUUAAAGCCAUUGAUUCUACAUUCCUAGAAAAGGCAAAAGAGACUCUUGAAAACUAUCUCACUACUGUGAUGAAGGAUGACCGAAUGGCUCAGAGUGAAGCCUUGUUUGCAUUCCUGUCUCCAGCACCAGACUUCCUCAGUCAGCAAUCACAGGGCAGGCGAAACUGGAAUUUCUCUCUUGUAAAACUUUUUCGGGGACUCCCAGUGGGUAACACUGAUAAUGAAAGCGAUGAUGAACUGCUGUUUGCUAACUGUGAAGGUGGAAAAGAGGAACAAAGUCGAGAUUCCAUUGCUGAACCUUUGUAUCAUUUGAUCAACGAAGUGUUUGAAUUACGGGGUCUUUUUAAAUGGCUGAGAAAGAGUUUCAUUUUGUUUGUUGAAGUAACAUUUGGCAGAUCCAUAAACAGGCAACUUCGUGUGACUAUUGACUGGAUCUUCUCUGAAUCUAUGCUAAUUUAUUAUAUUCAAACAUUCCAAGAAUCAAUGUGGCCAAAUGGAGUCUUGGCUGAACCAUCAUUACCAAAAACAGAAGAAGAGAAAAUGAAAAGUCGAAUUGAAGCAAAAGAGAAACUUCUCCAAAAUUUACCUGAUGCUGUGAAAACACUUGUAGGUGAAGAUAAUGCCAGGCAAGGAGCCAUCAAAAUGUUUGAAGUUUUACAAGACUGCCGCUUAAACAAACAACUAUUUUAUGGAACUAUUGAAGUGAUACUUCAAGAAAUUUGUCCUGAAUUGAACAUCAAGUUCCCUUCAAAGCAGUCAUCUUCAUUAACAACAGGGAUUGCUUAA